UUCGCUGAGGCUGGGGGUUGCUCUCUGCAUGCGCUUUCCCUGCUGCCCUGCUCGUGGUCUCCAGCUCCCUCCCCAUCCCUGUCCCCUCAGCUUAUCCUGCAUCCCUCCAUCCUCUCCCCAUACCUUCCUGUUAGCUCACCACCUCCCUCUUCUGGUUUGUGAUUCCACAUUGAGUGCUACCCACAUGCAUUCUGGAGGCCAGGGAGGGAGGCAGUGUGGUGGGGAGGGGGCUGCCCCAGGCCAGGCCAGCGGUGGGUAGAGGUAGGCUGGGGUCCCCAAAAGAUGGCCAUGAGGAAGGGCUGCCCAUCCGAGCUACUGCAGGUAAGGGUGGGGGCAGCAUCCCCGGGAGGGGGCGUCUGCUGGCUGGAGGUAUGCGCUGGGCUGUGGGGCUCUCCUUGGAGCAGGUAAGGCUCGGGGAGUUUGAUUUGGGGUGUUCUGGAGGGUAGAGGAACCCAUCAUCGAGAGCCCCACAGGCCUGGCCAAGGAGGCAAGCUUUCCACACCCCUGGAUAUGUCUCGCUGUUCCUGCCUCCUGACCCGUGUGCAUGCUGCUCCUCUUGCCUGAACUAUUCCUUCUCCUCUAUCCAUCUGGUGAACUCCUAUUCAUCUCUCAAGACCCAGGGUGGAACUGCCCUCUGUGGGAAGCAAAAGCGAGCCUGUGCUGUGCCACCCACACCUCUUUCAUCUUGUCCUCUCCGACCUUGGAGGCAACAGUAAUGGUGGAGGAGCUGGUCUAGUUUACAUAUGAGGAAACUGAGGCUCAGAGUUGUGAAGGCCCUUGUCCAAGGUCACAUGGCUACUGAGUAGCAAGCCUGGGAUGGAACCUGGUCGUUCACUCUCCCUUUCCUGGACUGCCAUCCUGUCCCUUUGCUUCUGGGAUCUCAGCCUCUGUGGAUUCAGGUUGCUGCGGUCAUCAGAGGCCUCUUGAUUUCAGCCUCUCUGCCAUUGACUACGCUCUGUGGCUUUGGGCAAAUGAUGGCUCUCUCUGUGCCUUUCUUUCCCCACCGGGGAGAUGGAUGCUUUGAAUUGAAAGACUUUAUAGAGCUUUGGACCUGAGUCUGUAACCUUGGGCAAACCCUCUCCUCCAUACCUCACUUUCACCAACUCUAUAAGAAAACACUGGUCUCUUUUGCCAGAGUGACCAUGUUUUCCUCCUCUCUCAAAUGUACUUUCAUCAGCUGGGGGUGGGAGUCUUGCUUUCUUCCUUGUAGGAUAACCUUGGGGGUCAAAUAAGACAGGAAAAUGUGUAUACCCCAAGCAGGGUAGAGCAGUGGGGCACGGGUCCUGGGUGAGCUUGCACCCUGUCUGUGUGUCUGUCCUGCACAGCUCCCAUCAUGCCCUUUGCACACGUCUGUCUAGAAGGGACCCCUAUUGCCCAACACCAGUCUGUGCUCACCUGGCCUCCAGCAGGUCCUCCAAGCUCCCCCAGCCCCGUUUGCUCCUGGCCUCAUCCUGUCCAUCUGUAAGUCUGGGUGAAGAUAUGCUCAGACAUCCGGUGUGUCCGAGCUGGGGCUGUGUGAUGUGAGGCCAGGGCCUUUCCGUGUCUGGGCCGGGGUGGGGUUGCUGUGCAUCUUCUCAGGGCCAAGGAGGGGACCAAGGUGACACCAGCUGACUCAUGUGACACCCACCUUGCCAACCCCCAAACCUUGCAUGGAGAUGAACUGGAGAGCCAUUGAGCCUCGUGGUACCCACAGGGAGACACUUUCCCUGGGCAAGAUCUGGCUUGGCUGUGUGACCUUGCACAGAGUCCUUUGCUUCUCCAGCCUCAGUCUUUCCAUCUGUACAGGGGGUGGGAAGGGUUGGAGCCUACCUCCCAGGUCCUGUCCCCAGAUCUUACCUCAAACCUCCAGCCUUUGCCCUGUCCCCUUUGAUUGCUUUGGAUGUGAGGCCUCUGGCUGCCCCCAGCCCUGUCCCCAGUGUCCCCAGCACUGCCUGGCUCUCGCUCUGUCCCUCGGCCCCCAGCCACGGCCUCUCACCACCCCCAUCUCUACCUCUUCUCUCCGGCCGGGCUCUCGCUUGCUCCUCCCUCUGUCUCUGGACCCCUGCUCCAGCCAGACCUGGUUCACAUUCAGAUGGCUGCAAAGAGAGGGAGACUGGUGGCUGGCACACUCGCUGAGCACGGGACAGACCGGUUACAUCCCCAGCAACUAUGUGGCACCCUCCGACUCCAUCCAGGCUGAGGAGUGGUACUUUGGCAAGAUCACUAGGCGGGAGUCAGAGCGGCUACUGCUCAAUGCCGAGAACCCGAGAGGAACCUUCCUUGUGAGGGAGAGUGAGACCACAAAAGGUGCCUACUGCCUCUCCGUAUCCGACUUCGACAAUGCCAAGGGCCUCAAUGUGAAACACUACAAGAUCCGCAAACUGGACAGCGGCGGCUUCUACAUCACCUCCCGCACCCAGUUCAACAGCCUGCAGCAGCUAGUGGCUUACUACUCCAAGCAUGCUGAUGGCCUGUGCCACCGCCUCACUACCGUGUGCCCCACAUCCAAGCCUCAGACCCAGGGCCUGGCCAAGGAUGCCUGGGAGAUCCCCCGGGAGUCCCUGCGCCUGGAGGUCAAGUUGGGCCAGGGCUGCUUCGGAGAGGUGUGGAUGGGGACCUGGAACGGCACCACGAGGGUUGCCAUCAAAACCCUGAAGCCAGGCACCAUGUCUCCAGAGGCCUUCCUGCAGGAGGCCCAAGUCAUGAAGAAGCUGAGGCAUGAGAAACUGGUACAGCUGUAUGCCGUGGUGUCAGAGGAACCCAUUUACAUAGUGACAGAGUACAUGAGCAAGGGGAGUUUGCUGGACUUUCUCAAGGGAGAAACGGGCAAAUACCUGCGGCUACCCCAGCUGGUGGACAUGGCUGCUCAGAUUGCCUCCGGUAUGGCCUAUGUGGAACGGAUGAACUAUGUGCACCGGGACCUGCGAGCUGCCAAUAUCCUGGUUGGGGAGAAUCUGGUGUGUAAGGUGGCUGACUUUGGUCUGGCCCGGCUCAUAGAAGACAACGAAUACACAGCCCGGCAAGGUGCCAAAUUCCCCAUCAAGUGGACUGCUCCUGAAGCUGCUCUGUACGGCAGAUUCACCAUCAAGUCAGACGUGUGGUCCUUCGGGAUCCUGCUGACCGAGCUCACCACUAAGGGACGGGUGCCCUACCCUGGGAUGGUGAACCGUGAGGUGCUGGACCAGGUGGAGCGGGGCUACCGGAUGCCUUGUCCCCCCGAGUGCCCUGAGUCCCUGCACGACCUCAUGUGCCAGUGCUGGCGGAAGGAGCCUGAGGAGCGGCCCACCUUCGAGUACCUGCAGGCCUUCCUGGAGGACUACUUCACGUCCACCGAGCCGCAGUACCAGCCUGGGGAGAAUCUAUAGGAACUGUGUGCACAGGACUGUCACCCCUCGACUUCUGGGCGUGGCCUCUGAUGCACCUGCCUCCCUUUACCCUGUCUCGGCCUGAGUUGCCUCAGUGAUGCCCUUCUGGAACAUGGAAGGGCUUCAGGGACUGGGGCAACCUGGAAGGACAGGUUGAGCUGAGGCUGGUACAGUGACUGCCCCAAAGCUGCCCUGGCCACAGGCCCACCCUGUAUCCCCUCUGGAGUCCACCUACUUCUCGCAGGAGACACUGGGUGAAGAGCAGGGCUGGGGGGCGCUUUUCCAACCUUAGCCCACCCCACUCACCUGGCUCCUCCCCCCUUUCUUCACUCUGGGUCUGUUUCAAGUUGGCCAAAGAGCCUUUCCAAAGAAGAAUGAGGCCCAGCCCUUGGCCAACGUACACUUCCUGCCCCUGGCCGUCCUUGUUGGAGGCUUCUGGGUAGAACACUGGGUCUGGAAUCAUCUUCUAUGGCUCUCAGGCUAGACAGCCAAGGCCUAACCCAUGGUGGGAUAAGAGUCAGAGUGAGCUCUCCUUCAGCCCUGACCUCCACAUAGGACCCUUGGCCAUCACCAACACAUUGCCCUCAUGUCUCUGUUGGAAAAAAGUGAAUCCAGGAGGGGCUGUGACUGCCCAAGACCCACGGGUAGUUCAGGGUUGAGGUGGGUUAGCACCUGGUGCUCACUCUGUCUUCCUCAGGAACUAAUGAAAACUGUCCUUAAAGGCAAUGGACAGGCUGGGGCAGGAGAAUGGGUUAAAGGUGGCAGAAUUCUGGUGCCAUUGAUGCUCAUGGGUCUGUUGUCGGGAAGAAUGGAGUCAAGCAAGACACUGAGCCAGGAACCAAGGGCGGAGAGUGACUGUGUGGACCAGGCUCAGUCACACUGCGGGUGGGUUUUGACCUUAAGAAUCAGCCAUGAAAUGGAGUGAGCUCCCAGAAUGCAGAGGCAAUCAGGUAGAGGCGGGAGAGGAAAGAAGCUGGGAUCGCUAGUCCUCCUGUUUCCAGUCAUUUCAACACCUGCCUCCUGCUCUCUGCCCUUAACUCAUGGGGAGGGAGGGGAGUUCCUUGGCCAGGGAAAGAAGGGCAAGAAUCCUCACUGCCGUGUUCCAGCACUGGCCCUGCCCUCUCUCUGAGCUACAGUCUCUGCCCCCAUGACGGUGGCCCCUGCCGUUGCUCAGCCCCUGUAUAGAUCACAGCCCCAGGUCUGCAGUCCACUGACUGCUUGCUCCCUGACUCUUCUGCCCAGUCUUGGGGUAUGUGGUGGCUUCUCUCUGCCUCAGUGUCCCCAUCUGUAAGGUGGGUAGUUGAUGAUUUGUGGCAUCUCAACUGAGGGCCCCUGUGUGUAUGUGUGUGUGUAUACAUGUGCCUGUGUGUCUUCCUUUGUGUCCAUAUUUAACAUGUAAGAACACCCCUGCUCUCUCUCCCCAGAUAUGACCAUUUCACCCACUGCCCCAUCACAGCAAUAAUGUCCCAACUGCCGGGGCUUUGAGCCAGCCAGGCCCUGCUUUAGGGAAGGAGGCCAAGCUUGGCCUGCCCUGACAUUUCCACUCUCCUCUCAUUGUCUCUUGCCCAAGUUUCCCAUCCACCUGGCAAGUCUGAACUUGCCACCCUAUUCUCCCACCCACUCCAGCUACCCAAGGACCUUUGUAUACGGUGGCCUCAACUGUCCUGUUCUCUCUCUCUCUCUCUCUCUCUCUCUCUCUCUCUCACUCUCUCUCUCUCUCUCUCUCUCUCUCUCUCUCUCUCUCUCUCUCUUCCUUUCCUUCUUCCUUUCUUUCACAGUGUUUUGUAGACUUCAGAUGACUAUGCAGAGGCCUUGGGGACCCUCCAUCUCCGGGCAGGGUUUGGGAUCCCACAUCCCAUGGCCCAGGCUUGAGAGACGGGAGACCCUGAACUGGUUGUACAUACUUUGCAUACUGUCUGAUUAAACACGAACAGACCUCA